AUGGUAAUUAUGACAUCGGAAGAGUGCCAUUAUUCUACCUUUAAAUUCGCCGCCUUUCUGGGAUUUGGCGAGGAAAAUGUUUAUUCGUUAAAGACCAACGAAGUAGGCCAAAUCAAUCCUGAACAACUCGAACAAAGCAUUCUUGAUGUUUUGAAAGAAGGAUCAAUUCCCUUAAUGGUUGUAGCUACUUUAGGUACAACAGUACGAGGUGCUUUUGAUCCAGUACAUGAAAUAUCAAUAAUUUGUAAAAAACACAAGGUAUGGUUACACGUAGAUGCCGCCUGGGGUGGAGGUCUUUUAUUUUCCCAAAAGCACAGAUCGAAACUAAACGGCAUUGAAGCCGCCAACUCCAUAGUCAUUAACCCGCAUAAGUUAUUAGCGGUGCCUCAGCAAUGUUCCAUGCUUCUAGUUACCGAUCCAGAUCUUUUGCACCGUUGCCAUUCCAGAGGGGCCGAGUACCUGUUCCAGAAGGACAAAUACUACGACUCGAGCUACGAUGUGGGCGACCGGUAUUUGCAGUGCGGCAGGAAAUGCGACGUGUUCAAGUUUUGGCUCAUGUGGAAAGCGAAGGGCUCUUCUGGAUUCGCCAACCACAUCGACACCCUCAUGGACACGGCCGAAUACUUUGAAAAACAAAUAAUUUCCAGGCCGGAAUUUAUGCUUGUCUCGACCCGACAAUAUGUUAACGUGUGUUUCUGGUUUUUACCCAGAUAUUUACGAGGAAAAUCAAACAUUUCUGACUAUCAUAGCCAACUGCAAAAGGUGGCGCCUCAAAUUAAAGCCGUUAUGGUAAAGCACGGAGCAGUUAUGCUCAACUAUCAACCAUUGAAGACGCUGCCGAAUUUUUUCAGAUUUGUGUCUCAGAAUUCGGCUCUUACACGACAGGAUGUGGAUUUUAUAUUGGAUCAUAUUGCCGAAAUUGGAGAUUCCCUAUUCAGAUAA